AUGUCGCGUGUUGCUACGGAAGCCAUAUUUAUUGGUGCAAAUCAGCAAAAUCAGGUAAGUGACUUUGACAAGUCUCGAAACCUAGUUGCAUUCGGAGCGGGUAAAACAAUUGCACUUUGGAACCCUACAGAUGAAAAGUGUAAAGGUGUCCUCGCAACUUUGAAGGGCCAUGAGGCAGAUGUCACCUGUGUAACAUUUAUUAAGGGAACAGAUUAUCUGGUUUCUGCAUCCGAGGAUUUUCAUGUCAAAAUCUGGAAAUACACCAAUGAUAAGGAGGUACUAAAAUGUGUUCAAACUAUAGAACACUACAAUAAUACGAUUGUGACUUUGACCGCAUUGCCAGGGGUAAUUGCUGUUGGUUGUGCUGAUGGGCUGAUGUCUCUUUGGGUUUGCCAAAGUGAUGACAGUGGUAAAUUUGUUUUAGGCCAUGAGUGUCAUGUGGCCAGAAAUGUCCUGCCCUUGUCGUUAUCGCUUUCGAAUGUGAAGAACGACAAGUAUUUGCUAGCGGUCGGGGGCACAAGUGUCAAUAUAUUUAUCUUUUCUUUCACUUUCAAUAAAGAGUCUCGGAUGAUAGACGACUGUGAAUUGUCUGCAACUUUGGAGGGCCAUGAAGAUUGGGUAAAAUCAUUGGCAUUCCGCCACCAGGAAACUCCAGGUGACUAUUUGUUGUGCUCUGGUUCUCAAGAUCGCUAUAUCAGACUAUGGAGGAUAAGAAUCGAUGAUUUAAUUGAGGGAGAGGAAGAGGAUGACAACAAACUAACCUUGUUGAACAAUAAACAAUACAAAUUCGAUGUUGGCACAGACCUGAAAGUCUGUAUUAACUUUGAUGCUUUGAUCAUGGGGCACGAUGACUGGAUCUCCUCUCUCCAAUGGCACGAAACAAAGCUACAACUGCUUGCAUCUACAGCUGAUACAGCCUUGAUGAUUUGGGAACCCGAGAAGGCGUCUGGUAUUUGGAUCUGUAAUCUAAGGCUAGGUGAACUAUCCUCUAAGGGUGCGUCCACCGCAACUGGUUCGUCUGGUGGGUUUUGGUCGUGUAUUUGGUUCACUCACAAUGAUAUGGACUGUAUUUUGACGAACGGGAGAACGGGUGCCUGGAGAGUAUGGGCAGCCAAGGAUGGUGUGGUAAUGGACCAAAAGCUGGGAAUCACAGGUUCCACGAAGGAUGUUACCGAUAUAUCUUGGUCUCCAAAUGGUGCUUAUUUACUGUCAACAUCGUUGGACCAAACGACUAGAUUAUAUGCGCCAUGGUUAUAUAAUGCCGACGGAACCGAAAGAGCGGAUAAGACGUGGCAUGAAUUUUCAAGACCACAGAUCCAUGGGUACGACAUGAUCUGUGUGGAGGCAAUGAAUAAUAAUGGCUUUGUUAGCGGUGGGGACGAAAAGAUUUUAAGGUCGUUCAGUGAGCCAAAGGGUGUAGCUGAGAUCUUACAAAAGUUUGUGCAUGUAGAAGCUCAAAAUUCCAAUGAGAUGCCCGAGGCUGCAUCUGUUCCAGUUUUAGGGCUGUCCAAUAAGGCAACGGACGAUGCAAGUGAUGAGGAGGGCAUGGACGGGGAGGGUGGUGAUGCCCGGAAGACUGUUCUGCAAAAUAUGCUUUCUUCCUUGACUGGGCCCCCUACUGAGGACAUUUUGCAAAGGCAUCUACUAUGGCCAGAGAUGGAAAAGUUGUAUGGUCACGGUUACGAAAACACAUGUCUUGAUAUCUCUACAGAUGGCCGCUUUAUUGCAUCCGCUUGUAGAUCGAACACCCCACAGCACGCUGUGAUCAGGAUAUUUGAUACAACUACAUGGCUGGAAGUCCUACCAACUUUGGCGUUUCACGGUUUGACUAUCACCAGAUUACGCUUUUCAAAGGACAGUAAAUACUUGCUGAGUGUUUGCAGGGACAGAAAAUGGGCGGUCUGGGAAAGGAACUUUGACAAUAACACAUUCACCUUAAGGUACACUCAUGAGAAACCUCAUACAAGAAUUAUAUGGGACGGUGACUGGACUCCUCUUGAGUUUGGCAACGCCUUUGUCACCAGUUCUCGUGAUCGUACGAUAAAACUUUGGAGGUACGAUGUGGGCAAAGACGAGUAUGCGGCAGAGAACUCUAUGAAACACACGAAGCCUGUAACUGCACUUUCUGUUUUGGAUAGAGUGAUUGACGGUAAAUUACUGGUUGCUGCAGGUCUAGAAGAUGGUACGAUUAUUAUUUAUACCUAUGGCAGUGACGGUUUCCAGAAGUUUGAGGAAUUAGAACAUCACAUCUCGCCAGCUGACAAAAUAUUUAGGUUGAGAUGGUCGAUGUCGAUUUUGGGAGGCGCAAAUCAACUGUACUUAGCAUCUGCCAGUAGCGAUAACUCCACAAGAAUUUACUCUGUUCAAUAUUAG